AUGACGUCUCUUCUGGUACUUCUUCCGACGCUAUGCCUAGCAUCGGUGGCAUUUAUUCUCACUUGGAUCGUUAUUCCGCUCUACAGGAACAUUAAAGCCGCGAGGGCAACUGGAUUGCGAUAUGUCGUCGUCCCGUACUAUCAGUACAAUUUCAUAAUAGCAAGAUUAAUGCGCCUGACUCUCUUGCGCGCAUUCGACUCCUUUGCGCCUGGACCCUCCAACACUUCCUGGCGUGUCCUCGUUACUUCGCUUUGGCCGCUCAAGCUCCGCCACGCUCCUUUCAAAGAACUGGGAACGGAUACCUUUCUUAUUGUCUCCCCUGGUGGGAUACUCUUUAAUACAGCUGACGCCGCCGUCAUUUCGCAAAUCCUAGCCCGAGGUGUCGAAUUUCCCAAGGCUACCAAUAUUUACAAACAGAUCAACAUCUACGGGAAGAAUGUCGUGUCAACGGAAGGGGCCGCUUGGCGCUAUCACCGCAAACUCACUAGUCCUGCAUUUUCGGAAAGAAACAACUUCUUAGUAUGGAGGGAAACGCUUUCUCAAACUCAAAGAAUGAUGAGGAAGCUUGUUGGGCAUAAUGAUGAGUCGAAAACGGUCAGUCACAUGGGAGACCAUACCAUGCGACUAAGUUUGGAGGUUCUGGGUCGCGCUGGUUUAGGUCAAAAACUCGAGUGGCCGUCGGAAACGGGUGGCAAGGAACAGCCGAAAUCCUUCACUUCGUCUCUUGAAUACGUUAGUCUGCACAUUGUUACCAUAAUGGUAUUGCUUGCUAUCUUUCCGAAGUGGUUUCUGAGACAUGCUCCAAUUCCUUCAUUCCGUAGCUCAUUCCAAGCGUUCGAGGACUGGAGUCUGCGCAUGAAAGAAAUGAUACGAUCUCGGAGAGCUGCUCUAAAAGAGCCUUCAGAUACACAUGAGAACGUAGUCACUGACCUUAUCGGUCAGCUUGUCAGGGGUCAAGAUGACGAAUCCGACGAAGAGAUGAAGCAAUUAUUUAGACUCAGUGACAGCGAGGUUUUGGGGAACCUAUUCGUCUUUAUGAUUGCGGGUCAUGAAACUUCGGCCAAUACCAUCUACUUCACUCUCAUUCUCCUCGCAUUACAUCCGCCAUUUCAGAAGAAGGUACAAGAAGAGUUGGCUGACAUACGCGGAGGUCGUGCUGUCGACAAUUGGUUUUUCGAGGAGCACCUCCCCAAACUCAUCAAUGGUUUACUGGGUGCCGCGCUCAACGAGUCACUUAGAGUCAUCUCGCCAGUGCUAACAAUACCCAAAGCUAUAUCUCAACCGCGAACUCUGUCUAUUGAUGGGAAAGAUGCCACCAUACCAGCUGACACUCUUUUCCGACUCUGUAUUCCGUCUGUUCAUCGCAAUCCCAAGUUCUGGCCACGCUGUCCGCCAGCUGAAUCUAAUAGCCCUGCCCCUCCAGUCAAUGAAAUCGAGGACGAUCUGGAGGAAUUCAAGCCUGAGCGAUGGAUGACCAAAGAAACCAGUCUAACUGGCUUUAUCAAUUCGGCUAAAGCCCUCUCAGCGGAAGCCCUGGCUUCAACAACACAACCCAUGGAAUAUUUUCGCCCAUUUACACCCGUAAAAGGUGCAUAUAUCCCUUUUAGUGAUGGGCAGCGGUCCUGUUUAGGACGUCGAUUUGCGCAAGUUGAAAUACUUGCUGCUUUAGCUGUGAUCCUCUCACAGUAUUCUGUAGAACUUGCCGUCGAUGAAUGGGCAGAAGACGAGCAUGUGGCAGCUAUGUCUCAUGAGGAGAAAAUGAAGGUAUGGCAGAAGGCGCACGACAAAGCUCAAUUUCUGUUACGAGAAAAGAUGACAUGCAUCAUUACAGUACAGUUGGUCAAAGGCGUGAGCAUACCUGUGCGUUUCGUAAGGAAAGGAAAGGAACGCUUCCACAGGUAG